UGGUAGAGUAUACCGCACUACUGUAUCUGCGCAGUUGGGGUAGGGAUAGCACAGCGAAAAAGCAGCGAGCUUGACUUCAGCCGCACCAAUUGAAGUGUCCAUGCAGGAGCGGUGUGGACUUGGACUGGCCACCCGGAGACGGUCUAAACAAACGCGCUUUCGCCUCUCACCCAGCUCCAAGACGGCGUGCCACCAUGUUGACAAGGCUAUUCAGCGAGGUUCUGCCGGAUGUCCAGAAGCUCUCGGGUUGGGUGGAGAACAGCGAGGGCGAGGACUCCAAAACCAAGGAGGAAGACAUGGGUCCCCUGCAAGACGACGACUUGGAUGACGGCGACGCCAGAGAGGGAGGCAGCCGGGAUCAGUCCGAGAUGGCUGGGGAUGACGUCGACGAUGAGGACUGUGGUGAUGAGAACGAGGGGGAAGACACAGCCGAAAAGCCCGGGCCAAAGAAACGCAAGAUGACGCCAGCACGAAUUGAGCGCUCCAAGGUGCGGCGUCAAAAAGCCAACGCACGAGAGAGAACGCGUAUGCACGAUUUGAACUCUGCGCUGGACAAUUUGCGCAAAGUAGUCCCCUGUUAUUCCAAAACGCAAAAACUCUCAAAGAUAGAGACGCUGAGACUGGCCAAGAAUUACAUUUGGGCGCUCGGGGAGAUCUUGCGCAAUGGGAAAAGGCCAGAUGUAGUAUCCUACGUGCAGACACUGUGCAAGGGCCUGUCCCAGCCCACCACAAAUCUAGUAGCUGGUUGUCUGCAGCUCAACUCUCGGAACUUCUUGACAGAGCAGUGUCCUGACGGGGCCCGGUUUCAUGUCCCCAACUCCUCUUUCUCCGUGCACCCUUACUCCUACCAGUGUCCCCGUCUGUCUAGCCCUCAGUGCCAACCCGGCUCCAGUCGGCAUAUGAGGACCCAUAACUACGGCUACGGCGACGCGGUCUACCCAGGGGCAAUCUCCCCGGAGUACGACAGCCCAGACUAUGGGGGCCAUCACAGCUCGCCUGUGUGCGUCAACGGCAACUUUUCCGUGAGUCAACAGGAGUGUGGGUCGCCGGACACAGACAUGAACUAUCACUAUGCUAUGCACUACUCUGGACUGUCUGCUUCGCGCGCCACUGCAGUCCACGGACUAGCGUUCGGCACAUCGGGAGCGCGCAGCGGUUCCGCGCACUCUGAAAACGUGCCGCCGCCAUUUCAUGACAUGCACUUAUUGCACCAUGACAGGACGCCCGUGUACGAGGAACUUAACGUCCUUUACCACAACUGAAUUCACCAAAACCCUAACAACCCACCGGACCCCUAAAUACCCAACUAAAAAUCGUAACGUUAGGCUAUAAUAGCCUAUCCAUUUUGACACUGGAUGAGGUUUUUAGAAAACGGAAGGUGGGGUGGCAGGAAUUGAGAGAGAAAUACCAAUAUUCUCAAUGUUGGUUCUCUGUUUUAUUGAUGUCGUUCCUGAAUUGUCGUUAUGCACAUUUUGAAGGUAUGUCAGAAAUCAAUAUUUCCAAUCAAAUGUCGCCGUGUAUGCAUAAUGCGAGUGCACUCAAAAUAAAAUGUGUUACAUGAACGAAACAUCUUAUAAAACAAAAAAUAAAACAAUAUUUUAUAAUUAUCUGACAUGAGGUGGUUGACCAAAUAAAUUAUUUCUGACUUGAGAAAUUGAGUCAAUCUCACUGUAUGCUGAAGGGCAAGAGCUCCACCAUGGAAUCACAAAUGCAUUAUUUGAGUACAUAACUAUCUAAGUGACAAGAACCACUUUCUGCAUUAGGUUCGUUUCCAAAUCCAAUAUUGAAACGAAAGACAAUUCAUUAAACUGACCAAACGCUUAAUGGGCGUUUUAGGAAUAGGUCUGUAGCCUAGUAUACUGUACACCCUAAAAAAUAAACGUUUCCUGGAAAAUCCUUCGGGGUAAUUUAAAGUAAUCAACCUUUACGAUUCCUGUAGGAUCCAUUAGGAUAAUUAAGGUUAAGGGAACCUUACAUUUAAUUUAAGAACCCAUAAUCUGCUAUCAGUUCGUUUUUUAAACGUUGUAGACAUAAGGGAUGCCUUGAAUAACCCUGUUCAAAAGAGGGGUUUUGGAACCAGCAGUGCGCUCCUGAGUAAAUGGCGCUAGUGCGUGUAUCAUUUUACAAAUGUGAUCUCUCUCAUGCCAGCAAAAAAGACGCGAGCACUAGCUGUCGCCAACCAGAGUCAGGACCAUGGACAGUUCUUCUACUCGUGUGCCAUCAACGGAAACGUCACUAUUUAAAAAAAAAAAGUACUUAUCCUUUAUAUACCUAAGCAUCACCAACUACCUUGGUUAGCUCGGACUCGCCAACCAUAAUAGUUUAUGCCUAUGUAGGCCUAUUGGAUAUUUAUUCAAUCAUUAUUUAUGGAAGUUCUUGUCUCUCAUCAUCAUUGCAUCUCUGCUAGCUAGCUACCUGCCACUUUUUUGUUUAGCAUAGUAACGUAGAAUGUUUAUCCUGCCCCUGUCCAGUUAAGUUGUAGAUAGUUUGGGUGCUGUGAGAAACUCAGCCUCCACAAACAAGGUAAGACACACACAGAGAGAGGACGCAAUCUAGGUUAUGUUAAACGUGCAAAAAUGAAAACAUUCAGAUGUUACGUCUAUCAACUACCCAUGUUGAAUGUGUCUAAUUUAUGUCUUUCAGGCUGAUGUGUUGGGGCGGACUGCUUUGAUAGAGAAAAUCAACCUCAGCUAAAACACACACAGAAUACUUCAUCUAAGUUAUGUUUAGCUUGAGUAAACCUGACAAAAAUAUUUCAACCCAUGAUACACUCUUUCAACAUCUCUCCAUCUUUCUCCCUUUAGUCCCUGUCUUAUCCUGGACAGUUAAGUGGUGAAGAGUUUAGGUGCUGUAAUAGAGAAAUGUAGCAACCUCCACAAACAGGUAAGGCACACACAAACAGGUAAGGCACACACAAACAGGUAAGGCACACACAAACAGGUAAGGCACACACAAACAGGUAAG